CUUUUUGUAGCGCGCCUAGUUCUGUACCAUACGCACAAUACCGUUUCAUAUUAUCCGCGUUCGACAUGGGCAAACUGAACAUCGCUCAUCAUAAAUCAUAUCACCCCUACCGCCGGGACAACAUCGAACGUGUACGGAGAGAUGAAGAGGAAGCCGCGCAAAAGGAAGCCGAGGCUGAGGGAAGGGUAGUGCUGGCUGAUGCAGAGGCUCGGCUGGACCUCCUCCGAGAACGUGCAGGACUUGGGAAAGGAAAGGGGAAGAAGAAAGAGGAUGAUAUGAAGGUUAUAGAGGACGCUAAGGCUUCCAUCGUUGCCAAGGACUCGAAACAGGGUCAUAUCAAUCUAUUUGAGGAUUUAGAACAGCAAGAAAUGAUUACUGCCAUACGAGUGACGAAGAAGACCGCACAGCUAGAGGCUGAGAAGGGUGUACCACUGGCCCCAAGUGCUAAGGACCUCAACCCAUGGUACAGCGAGCGCGAUAAGGGAAAGGAAUACCAGGAGGAUGAGAAGAGUCAACGCUUAAGAUUGCGGGAUAUUGCUUCAAAGACUAUGAAUGACCCUCUCACAGCCAUCACGCAUCAGCUUGCAUCGAGCUCUUCAUCGAACCACUCUUCCCCUGUCCCUCAGCCGUCAUGGCGACCUUCCAAACAUCGCGCUCCACCCGACUCAAAUAAUAAGAUGAAACCGCCUCCCCCACCCUCGGAUGCUACAACCAUGCGCCUCACACGUGAAUCGUCAGAACGUGAACGGGCGUUGGCGUUGAUUCGGCGCAAGCAGCGUGAAAUGAGAGGGAGCGAGACGCCGAGCACUGUGCACGGGGGCCUAGAUGAAGGAUAUGGGGAUGUAUUUAACCGUCGGGAGGUCGAAGAAGCGCACUCAUAUCGACGAAGGCGGUGGUAAGUACAUCCCGGUCUAUGAGAUUUAUUUAUUGCGUUGUAUGCUUCUACAUCCCGCGGCAGCGCCACGAUGGGAUGUUGUAUGAAUGGUUUGGAUAUUUGGCUUGUUCCUGGACAUGCUAGCUGGUGCUAUGGUGGCCUGCUCUGUCAUUCGAUAGUGAGUGUGUCAGCGAGAUACAUGCAUUACCUCACAUACAGCAGAGGUCAAGACCUCCAGCACCACUCGGUAAGGUAUUUUCUGCUCGUGUCUAAGGUUAAGCGCCUUGCCAUCGCGCGUCUACUACUGCCUA